AGGCGGCCCUGGGCGGGUCUGGGGCAGCGCCAGUGUUUUGGGAAGCUCGGAGCUGGGGGAGGAGUCGGUGGCCUCACCGUGGUAACCACAGCGCCGCUGCUGCCCCGCCUUGCAGGCCUCAGGACUGUCACGGCUUUUGGGGGUGUGAGGCUGCUUUGGCCCCCGUCCCCGGAAAUAGCCCCUUCGGCCUCUCAGAUUCCCCUAAUCCCCACGCCGCCGUCGCCGCCGCCAUGCAAGGGGAGGACGCCAGAUACCUCAAAAGGAAAGUUAAAGGAGGAAAUAUUGAUGUACAUCCAUCCGAAAAGGCACUCAUUGUCCAGUAUGAAGUGGAAGCUACUAUUCUUGGAGAAAUGGGGGAUCCUAUGUUGGGAGAACGAAAAGAAUGCCAAAAAAUCAUACGUCUUAAGAGUCUCAAUGCCAACACAGAUAUAACUUCCCUGGCCCGGAAAGUCGUUGAAGAAUGUAAACUCAUUCAUCCUUCAAAACUAAAUGAAGUAGAGCAGCUGUUGUACUAUCUGCAGAAUCGCCGAGACUCGUUGUCAGGAAAAGAAAAGAAGGAAAAAUCAAGCAAGCCUAAAGAUCCACCUCCUUUUGAAGGAAUGGAGAUUGAUGAAGUUGCUAACAUUAAUGACAUGGAUGAGUACAUUGAAUUACUGUAUGAAGAUAUUCCUGACAAAGUCCGAGGUUCUGCUUUGAUACUACAGCUUGCUCGGAAUCCAGAUAACUUGGAAGAGCUACUAUUAAAUGAAACUGCUCUCGGUGCGUUAGCAAGAGUACUGAGAGAAGACUGGAAGCAAAGUGUUGAAUUAGCUACAAACAUAAUUUACAUAUUUUUUUGCUUUUCUAGUUUUUCUCAGUUUCAUGGACUUAUCACUCACUAUAAAAUUGGAGCUCUAUGUAUGAAUAUUAUUGAUCAUGAGUUAAAAAGACAUGAGCUUUGGCAAGAAGAACUUUCUAAGAAGAAGAAAGCUGUUGAUGAAGACCCUGAAAACCAAACCUUGAGAAAGGAGUACGAAAAAACAUUUAAAAAGUACCAGGGGCUUGUGAUAAAACAAGAGCAGCUAUUACGAGUGGCACUUUACUUGCUUCUCAACCUUGCUGAGGACACUCGUACAGAACUGAAGAUGAGGAACAAGAAUAUCGUCCACAUGUUGGUGAAGGCUCUUGAUCGGGACAAUUUUGAGCUGCUUAUUCUAGUCGUAUCAUUCUUGAAGAAGCUCAGCAUUUUUAUGGAGAAUAAAAAUGAUAUGGUGGAAAUGGAUAUCGUUGAAAAGCUAGUAAAAAUGAUACCUUGUGAACAUGAAGAUCUGCUGAAUAUCACUCUGCGGCUUUUGCUAAACCUGUCCUUUGACACAGGAUUGAGAAAUAAGAUGGUACAAGUUGGACUGCUUCCCAAGCUCACUGCACUCUUAGGCAAUGAAAACUACAAACAAAUAGCAAUGUGCGUUCUUUACCACAUCAGCAUGGAUGACCGCUUUAAAUCAAUGUUUGCAUACACUGACUGUAUACCUCAGUUAAUGAAGAUGCUCUUUGAAUGUUCAGAUGAACGAAUCGACUUAGAACUCAUUUCUUUCUGCAUUAAUCUUGCUGCUAACAAGAGGAAUGUGCAACUUAUCUGUGAAGGAAAUGGGCUAAAGAUGCUUAUGAAGAGGGCUCUGAAGUUCAAAGAUCCAUUACUGAUGAAAAUGAUUAGAAACAUUUCCCAGCAUGAUGGACCAACUAAAAAUUUGUUCAUUGAUUAUGUUGGGGACCUUGCAGCCCAAAUCUCUAAUGAUGAAGAGGAGGAGUUUGUGAUUGAAUGUUUGGGAACUCUUGCAAAUUUGACCAUUCCAGACUUAGACUGGGAAUUGGUUCUUAAGGAGUACAAAUUGGUUCCAUAUCUCAAGGAUAAACUAAAACCAGGAGCUGCAGAGGAUGAUCUUGUUUUAGAAGUGGUUAUAAUGAUUGGGACUGUGUCUAUGGAUGACUCUUGUGCAGCAUUGCUGGCCAAAUCUGGGAUAAUCCCUGCCCUCAUCGAAUUACUUAAUGCUCAGCAAGAAGAUGAUGAAUUUGUGUGUCAGAUAAUUUAUGUGUUCUACCAGAUGGUUUUUCACCAAGCAACCAGAGAUGUUAUAAUCAAGGAAACUCAGGCUCCAGCAUAUCUCAUAGAUCUGAUGCAUGAUAAAAAUAAUGAAAUCAGAAAGGUCUGCGAUAAUACAUUAGAUAUUAUAGCGGAAUAUGAUGAAGAAUGGGCUAAGAAAAUUCAGAGCGAGAAGUUCCGCUGGCAUAAUUCUCAGUGGCUGGAAAUGGUGGAGAGUCGUCAGAUGGAUGAGAGUGAGCAGUAUCUGUAUGGUGAUGACCGAAUUGAGCCAUACAUCCAUGAGGGAGAUAUUCUCGAAAGACCUGACCUUUUCUACAACUCAGAUGGAUUAAUUGCCUCGGAAGGAGCCAUAAGUCCAGAUUUCUUCAAUGAUUUUCAUCUUCAAAAUGGAGAUAUGGUUGGACAGCAUUCAUUUCCUGGCAGCACUUUCCAUCCAAGGAUUUCAAAGUGCUUUACAAACAUGCACUAACUAAGCCUGCCAAGCAGCCGGAGCCUGGGAAUGGAUGGCUUCGGCCAACCCGUCGGCAUCCCUGGACGUCCCGCCACAGCCUAUGGCUUCCGGCCCGAUGAGCCCUAUUACUACGGCUUUGGAUCUCGAUAGAGUCAACACCCCUUCCCAACUGUACUCAGAGGAAACCUGUGUGCUUCGCAUUAACUUUGAAACUUGGCCUAAUAAUGCAUGUCGAUACUCUUGUGGGUGUGUGCUUCUUUUUUAUGUCUCCACAUUGUUAGCCACAGAAGAAACCCCCUACCCCUUUUGCCUUCUGGUAAGCACGGUUGAUGCUGACACCUUUCACUGAGCAGGUCACAUUCUGGAUGCUGCGUAACUGCUUCCUGUGAGACUCAAAAGUGAAUGCAGACAAGCUGCUAGACUGGAAAACACUGCAUUAUGUACAUUGUCUAAUUUAAUUUCUAUUAAAAAGAAGCAUAAAGUA